CAAACUCCCAAGUAGUAACCAUAUCCGUUUACUAAAAUUACAAAACCACCCUCACCCCACCCCUCGUACCGUUAACACCAGAUAACACACAGUGAAACGAGCGGUUCAAAAUCAAAACUCUUCCAUUUCGCAGACACCAAGUUUACCUCUGAUGAAAAAAUGAUUGCCCUGAAAGCCAUUCAAGCGUCCUCCUUCGCUCUCCACCACAACAACGUAAGACUCCCUCACACAAGAGCUUCUUCUGUUCUGUGCUUUUGCAGCAAGUCGAACAAGAACGAGCCUGAUAAUUCCCAACCACCACCCGAAGGAGAUGCUCAGAGUCAGGAGCUUCUGGCACAAAUCGCGAUGCUUCAGACGCAGAAGGUUCGCCUCACCGACUUUCUGGAUGAGAGGUCCGCGUAUUUGGCCCAGUUCGGGGAAGAGGCCAAGGCCGAGUUCGACAAGAUUGGGGAAGAUGCACUCAAAGGAUUGGAUGAAGCUGGUGCCAGAAUAACAGCAAACAUAGAGAGCCAGAUGCUAGAAUUCGAGGAAUCUACUGAACUUAACAGACUAGAGAUUGAGGAGAGUGAAAACAAAAUAGUGGAGUUUGAGGGCCAAAUGGAGAAGGAUAGAAACGAAGGGCUAUUCUUUAAGAACCUUGGACAGAAGGCACCUGUUUACAAAGCAAAAGCCAAGGAGGAGGAGGAGGUUGAAAAGAUCAAAGAUGUGAACAGUGAAAGCAGUGGUAGCAAAACAAGGAAAAAUGUUUACCUCUUCUUCAUUGGCUUGCUGACUUUUGGAAUAGUUGAUUCUCUUGCCUCAUCCUCAGGUGCUGAUUGGAAAAAAGUUGCAGUUCUUGGAGGUAUUCUUGUGGUCUUGUUUUCUCUGUUCAUCAAUGAACAAAACAAGGACAACAAGAAAGACUAACAAUGAAAAAAAAAAAAAACUCAAGUUCAUUUCUUAUGUUGAUCAAAUAAUAAGAAGUUUCUGGGGGGAAGACAUUGUGAAUAGGUAUUGCAUGAUUGAAUAUAUGGCCCCAAGUGAGAGCUUACAACUUGGACUUGAUGCAUCAGCCAGCUUUGCUUGGGCAUCAACUACAGUCUACAGCUGAUGCAUUGGUGAUAUCAGUUAUCACCACAAUAUUGUCCAGAAUUUGAGUAAACUAAUGAGCAUGAGAUGCUGCACAAAUGCUGAACUUCUUUAAAUCUUCUGUUGAUACAGAGAAUAUAUAGAUAGCUUUUACCUGCAUCUUCAUCAUCAUGGCUAUUACAAAUGUGUAUUUAGAAGCACAACGUGUUUCUAAAUCUUUCUAUCAUAUAAACAAGUAAUGAUAAACCAUACGAAGUGUACUGUGCAUGGAAUGGAGCAGUUUAGUAAUUUCCUCUUCAAAGGUGGACAAAAGAGAGAUAGAAAGAAAAAAGAAAAACAAGGCAACAUAUGUGAUAAGUGAUAUAAUGAGAAAAGAAUCAAGAUAUAAAAAGAAAAUGAGGUGAAAAAGAGAUGGAAGACAAAGUGAGCAUAUGUUUACUCAAACUUUUCUCGAAUUGAUGUGUCACUUGUUGUUUGUCUAAAGAACUGCAAUGAUUUCAUAUCAAUUUAUUUUACACCAUCUUCUAUAUA